AAAGAAGUUUUGGUGUGAGAGCCCUACCCUGGGAUCUAAAAUGAUGUAUAAACCAACCACGUUGGCGUCCAUAAUGAAAGCUGAACAGAUAAAAACUAGGAAAGAAGAUAACAUACGCCUCAGAGUCUUGAAUGGUCUUAUUCAUAAAGCUGUGGCAGAGAUGAUGGCUACCUGUGAAGUUAAUCAAGAACUUUAUGAUCUUAAGCUGGAAAUCUGCAAGGUGUCUCUGGCAUCAAACUUCUCAGCGUGUCGUGUGUACUGGAAUCCUGCUGCUACUAUGGAGAAAGAAAGUUAUGUUGAAAGUGUACUGCAGAAGAGUGCUCCACGUAUACGGUAUCUUCUGAAGAGUCAGCAGAUUUUAGGAAAUAUACCCCCAGUAGUAUUUGUAAAAGACAAAGAAGGUGCAGCUGUAAGAGAGAUUGAGGAAUUAUUAUCAAUUGCUGAUUUUGGACCUCCAGAAGCAGAAGAAACAUCUCAGAAUGAUUCUAGUAAACUGUUCUCUUCAGCAACUGAAUCUUCAGAUCCACCCAUGCGGUCUAAUCUUUUUGGUAUUGAUCAUGAACUGUUGAACAAGCAGAUAAUGGACUACAAAAGACUGAAAGUGUCAAGAGAUACAGGAAGCAUUGCCUGGACAGAAAAGCAGGAGCAGCAGCUUUCUCAGAUUCGAAAGAAAAUGAAAAAGAAAAAACCAAAGAAUCCUCCUGAUGAUGACAUUACACCACAGAAAUACUUAAUGGACAGAUAUGAAGCUGAUUACUGGGAUGAUAACACUGAAGCGGUCUCAGACUAUGAGCUGGAGGAUGCAUUGCAGGAAGAUGUAAAUGAAUUGCAGAAAGAUGUAAAUGAAUUGGAGGCAGAUGAUGGCAAAACUAUAAGUCAGCCUACUGAUAAACUGAAAUGA